AGACCAGGGGCCUGUUGCACAAAAGUAGAAUUAAGACAUCCGGGAUAAAUGACUCAGCUGAGCUCAAUGAAGCCAAAACAUGUGCGUCCAGGCUUAAUUGGUUGCACAAAGACCAAGCCAGGAUGAGCAGACACGGAUUCAUUAAGCCAGGUGAAACCAAUCCUGGAUAGGUGCGCGCUCACGGCUCACUCAAAUAGACCCCGCCACAGAUCACAGAUUAACUGAUUUACCAUGGCAACUAGAGCCGCGUACUUUUCCCCGUCGGAAGCACAAAUCCUCAUGGAGGCAUACGAGGAGGUAAAAGAUAUCAUUAAGAAGAAAGGCAACACCGCCACAGUGAUAAAGCAAAGAGAAAAAGCGUGGCAAAGUAUUGCAGACCGCCUGAAUGCGUAAGUAGUGCACAAUUACACACUCACCGCUCCGCUGAAACAUCACAAUUACAAUUCAAAUAUUUAAUUCACAUCUCCAAAAAUGCAGUUGUACUGUAAUUAUGAAACGGUUAAAUUUUUAAUUGAAAUGCACUGCAGAUAUGAGAGAAAUUGUGUAAAGUAACUCCAUCACACUGUAUAAAGCUAUGAUCAAUUUUUUGAUAUUUUUACUGAAAACAAGACAAAAAUACCAAGUAAUUUUUUGCAGUGUGACUCCAUUAAAUGUGUGUGUGUGUGUGUGUGUGUGUGUGUGUGUGUGUGUAGAUUAAACAUGAACGGGCCAAAACGGACAUGGCAGCAGGUCAAAAUCAAAUACAAGAACAUUCUGCAGAAUGCAGUGAAAAAGAAUACCCACAGACAAGGCACGGGUGGUGGGUCACCAAAGGCUGACCUUACCCCAGCAGAGGACAUGGCCUUGGAGCUAAAUAAAGGCAGGCCCGUCUUAGAGGGGAUCCCUGGGGGGAAAGAGACGAGCAUAGGUUCCUCCCAAGAUGCCACCCGCUUCAUUCAAGUGCCUGGCAGCACUGUGUUCCUGUUAGAGCCACCAGCACAAGCACCAGACGAUGCUGAUCCAGGUGAAGGCCCCAGUGCAACAGCACAUGAUGGAGACGAUGAUGAGGAGGAGACCAUCUCUCUGGAUUCCAGAAGGCAUGAGGACCCAGAUGCUAUACAGUGGGAAAACCAGCCUGGCAACAUAAGCUCACGAGCUAUCAGAAAGUUGUAUGGCAACCACCUCCGGCGCCAAAUAGAACUGGCAGACAUAGACAUUCAGUACAAGAAGAAAAAGAUGGAAAAUCUUGCACUGGAGACCGAAAUAAAAAAGAGGACAAUUAGGAAACUGGACCUUGAAAUAAAAAAACUUGAGAGGGAGGUGAGAUAUGCCUUCAAUGUACACUGUAUGCUAACUGUAACACAAAUGUAUGAAUCAUUAUUUUUCUUUCCUCCCCCAGCUCCAAGAAGAUGACACAGCUCAAAAUAAAAAUUAGGUAUAUUCUCGUAAAGUCAAGUGAGCCAUGACAUAUGAGCUCUUAUUGUGAGCACACAGGACGGUGGCAUCUUUCUAAGGUUUUUUUUAUUUUCCCAGCAAUCAGUACAACCAAGUCAUCGUUAUAAGGCAUCGCCCUCUUUUGCCCACCCCCCCAGCACCAGGUGUGGCCACUAGCCUAUAUGAAGGCCCAAAAUUGUGUGUUCCUUUCUGCUCUGACAAUGGCAUGCCCAUUCGUGCGAGAUGUGGUGGAUGAAGAAGCACUUGUGCUGAGGAGAGCCUUCAGGCGAGAAAGGGUCUUCAGGGACCGGUUGGACCCACUGGCCUUCCCUGAUGACCAUCUAUAUGAAAGAUACAGGUUUUCUGCAGAUGGCAUCAGGUAUCUAUGCAGACUACUGGGUCCCAGGAUUAAGCACCGCACUGCACGGAGCCAUGCACUGAGUGUGGAGCAAAUGGUUUGUGUGGCCUUGCGCUUUUUUGCUAGUGGAGCCUUCCUGUACUCAGUGGGGGAUGCAGAACAGCUGAACAAGGCCACAAUUUGCCGCACAAUAAGGAGUGUGUGUCUGGCUAUCAAAGCAUUAGCAGAUGUCUUCAUCUCCUUCCCUGGCCACAGAAGACUCUGUGACAUCAAAGAGGAGUUCUAUAGGAUUGCAGGUUUCCCCAAUGUCAUUGGUGCAGUGGACUGCACACACAUAAGGAUAAAAGCCCCUCAGGUGCCCAUGGGGCCGAUUUUGUGAAUAGGAAAUCCUUUCACAGCAUUAAUGUUCAGAUGGUCUGCAAUGCUGACUGUGUGAUCAGCAAUGUUGUGGCAAAAUGGCCUGGCUCAGUCCAUGACUCCAGAAUCUUUCGGGCCUCUGAAAUCUAUCACAAGGUGAAUUCUCUGGUGUGUUGCUGGGAGACAGGGGGUAUGGCUGCCAGCCUUUUCUCCUGACACCUUUCACAGACCCCCAGGAAGCACAGCAGGCCUACAACCAUGCCAGGACCAGGGCCAGAGUUGAAAUGACCUUUGGCCUCCUGAAGGCACGCUUUCACUGCCUUCACAAAUUAAGGGUCAGCCCUGUUAGGGCAUGUGAUAUUACUGUGGCUUGUGCUGUCCUCCACAAUGUGGCCUGCCUGAGGAAGGAGAGGGCCCCCAGAGUGCCACCAGCCAUGUACUGGGACAAUCCGGCAAUCUUCCCUGAUGACGACAGUGGUCGGCUGCUGAGGGACCAAUAUGUGUUGAAUUAUUUUAGUUAGUAUGUGUGCUUUCAAUUUUGGUUAAAUAUGUCCUGCGGUGGCAGAGGAAUUUGGGUUUUUUGGGUUCGUUUUUUGACGAAUUUGGCCUCUUGUGAUGUUUGUGCGGUAUACUGUGUGUAAUACAAGGCUGCAGGGAGGCUACUGCAUCCAUUCAUUUGUCUGUUCAGUUGAUGUGUAUGGAUUUGUCCUGCAUUUAUUUUAGUGUGCAGACAUGCAGGGUGUGUUAUAUACAGACCUUUGAAUGUGUAUGUAUCAUUUUGUAUAAUAUGCUUGGAUUCUGUGCUUUCCAUCUUGUAGAGUCACUGUGACUUCAGUUUCGAAAGGAGCUGAUGGUUUACCUGCUUUGUUUUGUCCUUAUUCAAUAAAGGAACAUAAUGUUACACAUUGUGUUUUUAUAUUCAUAUGGAAUGUGUAUUUGUUUAUAUGACAGAGUACUAGGGCCACACUGAAGAAAAAGGAUAAAGUCAUAAAUUUAUGAGGCUGGUUCUUUCUGCAGAAAAGCUACAUAUUGUUUUUACAGUUUUGAUACUUAUGACAAUGUGAUACUUAAUAUUCUGGCACAUCAGCAUGUCUUUGUUUAUGAAACCAUACUGAAGUACAAUUUCACGAAAUGCCCCACAUCUGUCAUUUUAACAACUGUCCUCCUUUAAAACAACUGGUUACAA